CGACUGGCGGUGGCUGUUAAAGGCAAAAGCACAGGUGUGAUAAGAAAAGACUGAUGAACAUGUGGUGAUCUACAACCGUCUCCCACCAGCUCCACACAGAGCACCCACAAUGCCCCCUGCAACUUCUACUAACCUGGGCUACACUCCUCCUGACGGAGGCUGGGGGUGGGCUGUGGUGCUUGGAUCCUUCAUCUCCAUCGGCUUCUCCUACGCCUUUCCCAAAUCCCUCACCAUUUACUUCAAGGAGAUCCAGGAGUACUUCUCCAUCUCCUACAGCGAGAUCGCAUGGGUUUCUUCCAUCAUGCUGGCUACCAUGUAUGCAGGAGGACCUGUGAGCAGUAUACUGGUCAAUCGCUAUGGAAGCCGGCCAGUGGUCAUGGUUGGCGGCCUCUUGGUUGGGGCCGCUAUGGUCUCUGCUUCCUUUGGCACUACCAUAAUGCAUCUGUACUUAUGCGUAGGAGUGAUUGGAGGUAUUGGCCUUGCCUUUAACCUACAACCUGCAUUGACCAUCAUUGGGAAAUACUUUCUUGUGAAGCGACCGAUCGCCAAUGGUUUGGCUAUGGCAGGAAGUCCAGUAUUUUUGUCCACUCUGGCGCCACUAAACCAGUUUCUGUUCGACAACUUUGGCUGGAGAGGGAGCUUCUUCAUCUUGGGAGCCAUAGUGCUCAACUGCUGUGUGGCUGGAGCCUUGAUGAGACCCAUUAAGAUCAAAACGAAGCCACCUGCUAGUGGACAAGGAGCAGCUGGCGAGGUGGGCAAAGGAGACCAGGAUACAGACCCUCAGGCGGUUGGCUUACUUAAUAGGAAACAGCAGGCCAAGCAGGCAGGAUGUGCAGCACAAGUCAACAAAUUCAUCGACCUGAGUCUCUUCAAGCAUCGCGGCUACCUCAUCUAUCUAGCGGGGAAUGUGGUGAUGUUUUUCGGCUUCUUCGCCCCUGUCGUGUUCCUGGCCCCCUACGCCAAGCACCAGGGCAUUGACGAGUACUCUGCAGCCUUCCUGCUCUCAAUCUUUGCUCUGGUGGACAUGGUGGCUCGGCCAGGGACCGGCCUGGUGGCCAACACCAAAUGGAUCCGGCCCCGGAUUCAGUACUUCUUCAGCUUCUCUGUGGCAUAUAACGGGGUGUGUCAUUUAGUGCUACCCCUGCUGCCUGGAUAUAAGGGCCUGGUGGUGUAUGCUGUGUUCUUCGGGCUGGCCUUUGGGAUGGUGUGUGCGCUGCUUUUCGAGGUGCUGAUGGAUUUGGUGGGAGCCCAGCGGUUCUCCAGCGCUGUUGGCCUCGCCACCAUCAUAGAAUGCGGCCCUGUUCUCCUGGGGCCUCCAAUUUCUGGAGCGUUGGUCGACAUCUUCAUGGACUAUAAGUACAUGUACUACGCCUGUGGUGUAAUGAUGUUGGUCCCGGGACUCUUUCUCUUCAUCAUGAACUUCUUCAACUACAGAUGGCUGGAGAAGGAAGAGCAAGAGAGGAAGCGGGAGGAGCUUCAGAUCGGUUCUGCCAGAGAGCUUGCUGCUAUUGAGGAGGCCAUGGAUGCCAAGCAUGGCAUCAAUCUCAUUUAGGAGGAGCACUUAACAGACUCAGAGAGCACAGAGGCUUAAAGUGCUCAUAUUUUCAGCGGAAAGAUGCUUCAUUCAUCUCUGUAGAGAAGAUUUAUUACUACCAUAAUGAUGCAUUGAUGUUGCUAGAACUUUUUUGGCUAAGAAGCCAUUUUUAAUUGUCCAUCUCAGCACUGAUUCCUUAUUUUCUUUAUUAUAUUCGCUACUUUCCCUGCUGUAGCACACCAAAUGAGCCUGCUAGCUCAGUGCUGGUGGAAUCAGGUGAGGUUGAGGAGGGAAAUCAUCAUACUGUGCUGGACAACAGCUGUCCAGUUCCAGACUUGAACACACCUGAUCUAAUAUUUAUCAAUGUAUCAUCGUUCUAAUGAAAUAGUUAAUAGUCAAUAUUAAAUUACACAAACUCUUAAAUAUCCAAACAGUCCAAAGAUGGUUCUUGGCACCAAGAUUGACAACGCAACGUUUUUUUAUUUAGGACAACAGCACUGCUAAAGAUAACAGCUUCUACAGGCUUUCUCGUGAAUGUUUUCUUAUUGUUUUGCCAAAUAGUGGUGUAAUCAAUAAACACUAAUAAAUAAUGUUAGUUUUAA